CAGUCAGCAUAGGGGGAAAAGUUAUAAAACGUGCGGACAUUCUUGAGAACUGGUGGUUUGAAGUGGAGUGAAAGAAAACAGUCCAGUCCUGCCACAUAUUAUUAUUUCAGCCAUGAGUGGAUGUCCAUAUUUUCAGAGGAAACUCUUGUCAACUAGUAAGCAGCAUCUGAAAGAAGAUGAGAACGAUGAUUCUCAAUCUGGAAUUAACAAAGCCAGCAAAGGAGGUCUUAUCUAUGGUGACUAUCUACAGCUGGAUAAAAUAGUGACAUCUCAGGUGCUUCAAAGUGAGCUGAAGGGAAACAAAAUCCAUGACGAACAUCUGUUCAUCGUCACACAUCAAGCAUAUGAACUGUGGUUUAAACAGGUUCUGUGGGAGCUGGACUCAGUGAGAGAAAUCUUCAUCAGUGGACAUGUACGUGACGAGCGAAACAUGCUCAAAGUCAACACUCGUAUCCACAGGGUUGUGAUGAUAUUCAGACUGUUGCUAGACCAGUUUGCUGUUCUGGAAACCAUGACUGCCUUAGACUUCUAUGACUUCAGGGAAUAUCUCUCACCGGCUUCAGGCUUCCAGAGUCUGCAGUUUCGACUGCUGGAAAAUAAGAUUGGUGUCCCACACAACCAGAGGGUCCCCUACAACAGAAGGCAUUACCGGGACAAUUUCCGUGACCAAGAAAGUGAGCUGCUCCUCCACUCGGAGCAGGAGCCCACGCUGCUUCAGUUAGUGGAGCAAUGGCUGGAGAGAACGCCUGGCUUGGAGGAAGAUGGCUUCAAUUUUUGGGGGAAACUGGAAGUCAAUAUUUUCAAGGGGCUCAGGAGAGAGAAAGAAAAUAUAGAGCAAAAACCAGCCUCAGAGAUGAAAGAGGAGAUGAUGGCCGAGCUCAUUAAGCAGAGAGAUAUUUUCGUAUCGCUCUUUGAUGAGAAGAGACAUGAUCACUUACUAAGCACCGGUCAGAGGAGGUUGUCCUAUAAAGCACUGCAGGGAGCCCUGAUGAUAUACUUCUACAGGGAGGAGCCUCGAUUUCAAGUUCCUUUCCAACUCCUGACAUCUUUGAUGGACAUCGACACCCUCAUGACAAAAUGGAGAUACAACCAUGUGUGUAUGGUGCACAGGAUGAUUGGCAGUAAAGACGGCACAGGUGGCUCAUCGGGCUAUCAGUACCUGCGCUCAACUGUCAGUGAUCGCUACAAGGUGUUUGUGGAUUUGUUUAACCUGGCCACCUUCCUGGUUCCGAGGGAAUGGGUACCCAAGCUGGACCCGAGUGAGCACACCUUCCUGUAUAUGGCCGAAUGCUGCGACAGCUCCUACUGCAGCAGCAGCAGCGAUGACUCAGAUUAAACAGAUGGAUGGAUGAGGAAAGGAUGAACAGCGUUUACAGAGUACAGAAGGAAAAAAGCUUCAAAACUCACAAGCCUUCCAUCACCAACAUUUAUGUCACUAAAAUCUGUUUAAAUGGUAGAAUGAGAGGCUACAAAGCUGUGCUGAUUUUACAGAUGUGAAUUGCCGACAAAAUAUCAUUGACACUGUUGAUGCACUUGUGUAUAUACUGUCAAUAUAAUGUAAUAUUCUAACAUAUGUCUAGUUAACUGAUUUAUAUUUUGUAAAUAGAGUAUACACAUACAGAUAUUAUGAUACUUCUUGUUUAUUUGGAAAAAAUAGACAACGUUUUCUGUCAAAAAGUGUACUUGAAUAGAAUACAAGUUUAUUUAAUAUCAGUAAACAUGUCAGAUUAUUCUUAAAAUGCAAUCACAAUAGCCGAAACUGAUAAACACAAUAACAAGUAAACUUUGGCUAACACUUCACUGUAUAGUUUCCCUGUUACACAUCUUACAUGUACUUACUAUAGUAAUAGUAACAGUAAAUUAUGCAUAAAUAAACCAAACCCUAACCCUAAGUAUAUAGUAAGUACAUGUUGUUAAUUAUAAUUACUCAGUAGUUAUUUGUAUAAUUAAUAAGGCCACCUUAAAAUAAAGCAGAACCAAACUCUGUAGUUACAAAUGUGUAUAAAAGCAGAUCAAGUAUGAAUAUCUGGUACAUACUGUACUGUAGUAAUAAGCAUUUAAUGAUUUUAAAUAUACUUAGUAUUCAUAUAAAAUAAUAUAAAUCUUCACAUUUUUCGUGAUAUUGCACACCUAAUCAGUGCAAUGUCACAAUACAAUAAGAGCCCAGUUUAGUUGUGCACUUAUACGGUACUUGCUAACAGUGUUUUCUGAAGAUUAAAACAUUCUUAAGGACAAAAUGAAAUCCAGAUCUGAUUCAGAUUAUUUUGGGCUACAGUGACUGGGAUAAGGAAUAUGGUGUAUUAGCUCAAAUAGCAGCAUUUUUGCUUUGCAUUCGCAAAGCAAAAGGAUUUGUUACAUGAGAAUUUUUACAAUUCUCAUCAGCUACACUGGAGGAUUCAUGUCCUGAGGGUGAUAUUUUAAAAUGUCAAUCUGCCACGGUCUUAUCAUGGAAGUACAAAGAUUAUUGACAAUUACACAAAAACAGCAGCAACAUUGUCCGCAAUGCCUGGGGGAAAAAAAAAAGAGUGACUGUUGAAUCUCAUCUGACAUUGCGUAAAGUCAUUCAAAGUAAGUGACAAAAAAAAGAUCACAAUCUAAAAAUAAUCUCACUACAUAAUUUCCAAAUGAUCAGAUUUGAAUUAAAACUAGGCAGUUGUGAUUGUACAUUUACAUUGCAGACAGUAUUGAGUGUUUGCCAACGUCCAACACUUCAUGAAUAUUUAUGAACGCACACAAUAUCUCCCAGCAGCAGAAUGCUUUGUGUUUAUCACUUGUCUAGGAAACUGUGACUGUCAACAAAGUUAAAAAGCAUUAAAAGUGGGUCAUACACAAACUUA